GCGGGGCGCCCAGAGUGCGCAGGCGCUGCGCCACGGACGCUCGGACGCGGUCAGCGGGCGCCUGCGUGUUUUCGCGGGAAGAUGGCUGAGCAGGUGCCCAAGUCGGUGCUCUUCGUUUGUCUGGGUAACAUCUGUCGGUCACCCAUCGCAGAAGCCGUCUUCAGAAAACUGGUCACCGAUCAAAAUGUCUCCGAUAAGUGGGUGAUUGACAGUGGUGCUGUUUCUGACUGGAACGUGGGCCGGUCGCCAGAUCCCAGAGCUGUGAGCUGCCUAAGAAAUCAUGGCACUGAGACAGCCCACAGAGCCAGACAGGUGACCAAAGAGGACUUCGCCACGUUCGACUACAUGCUGUGCAUGGACGAGAGCAAUCUGAGAGAUUUGACUAGAAAGAGUAACCAGGUUAAAAACAGCAAAGCUAAAAUCGAGCUGCUCGGGAGCUACGACCCUCAGAAACAGCUCAUCAUCGAAGACCCCUACUACGGGAGCGAGUCCGACUUCGAGACCGUGUACCAGCAGUGCCUGAGGUGCUGCCGGGCCUUCCUGGAGAGGGCCCACUAGCCGCCGGCCGGCUGCACCCCAGCAGGGCUGCCCGCGCCCGUAGCUUGAGGCCGGUGCUGGCACUUCCGUCCACCUGCUGCUCUUUACCCAAAACAAGCAAUUGUAGAUGGAAAUCAGUGGUGUGUUUGGCAAAAGAAUAAAUAAAUGUUUUUGACUCGGACAA